AUGUCAGAGGACCGCCGAAUCGAGCGCGACCUGCCGAUGUUUCUGGUAGUUCAGUUUAUAGAUGAACAAAAAUCUGUGUCUGUUAUACCACAGAAUUGGUACAGUGAUGGCACAACCUUUUGGCCAAAUUAUACGAGCGAUCAAAGACUCAACAAAGCAGCAAGAUAUGCUGAGGAACCAGGCCCAGACUGGACCAAGUACGAUGUUAGAGUACUAAAGUCCUACGGAGAUUACAUGUCUGCAUGGCAAGGGAUGAAGAAGUCUUUGAUUUGUCAAACUUCAGAAUUGGAUACAGAUGGUGAGGAGGAUAUAGGCAGGGUGAAAAGAGCAACUAAACCAAUCCACUACUAUGGUGACACUGACUAUGAAAGUGAACAUGAAGACUUAGCUAAGAAAACAAAAAUUCCCUUGACAAGAUCUUCAAAACCUCAACAGUCAACUGGACCUCGCAUGUUAUCCCCACAUUCUGCACCUCAGGUACCAUCACCACCUUUACCUUGUCGCUCACCACCACAUUCUUCGCUUCAGGUGCCACCUCCUUACCAGUCACUAUUGCUCUCUGAAAAUACAUCUCAACAAAUUUCCAGGAACCUUCCAAAAAUGCAAAAUACUUCUGAACUCUUCAGGCCUACUUACAGAGUGGGUCGAUGUGGAACAGAACCAAUACCUUGCACUGCUGCAGAUCUUCAUAUCCUCACAUUGCUUGAACAUGUGAAGCACCAGCUGUCACAAUUGGCUGUCAUGAUCAGUUCACUAUCUGGGCGGCUAAACAUUGAAUGCUCACCUGAUAUGCCUGAGGAGGUCCAGUUUCCUUUACAAUCAUUGGAGGAAGUGGAUGAUUUUGAAGCCUGGUUGAAACAACCAACCAAUGCUUUGAAGAAAAAGAACAUGAUUUCUGUACUGGCAUCUAUUGGAGGACAAGAUACCAAGAGUGUCACUUGGAAUAUUCUUUCACAUAUUUUUGGAGAUGAUGUUGCAAAAAAGAUAAACUGGAAGGGAGUGAAUGAAAAACGGGCCUUCAGUCAAAUGGCAACCAAAACUCUAAUUAUGCAUAAGUAUCAAUAA